UUUUCACGAUAUCUUGGAAUUAUUAUUCGAGAUAGAAAUAUUUGCCCAGUAGCUGUUGAGAAUUGGGCCAAAAUACCACAGCAAAAUAAAGAUCAUAUGUGGGCAUCCAUUAAGGAUAAAUUUGAUGCUGAGGACAUGGAGCAAAAGAGAGAGUUAGUAAUGAGACACUUGCGCGAUUUGUGGAAUAAGUGGCGUGGUGACAUGCACAGGAAAUAUGUGAAAGAAAAUUCAUUGCAAGUUGCACUUAGAAAUAAACCUACAGAAGUGAGUGUUGAUGACUGGGAUUGGCUAGUUAAGGAACAUUAUUUUUCUUCAAAAUUCCAGAAAGCAAGCCAACAAAAUACACUUAACAGAGGCAAAAGAAAGAUGCUCCACCACACGGGCAGCAAAUCCUUUAGACAAAUUGCGUGGGAAUUGGAUGAAAUUGUUCAAGUCAAACAAGCAAACCCUUCACUUUCUGACAUUGAGAUAGUUGAGAAAAUCUGGGGGAAGCAAUCUCAUGGUCACAUCACUGUAUUUGGUGGCGGGACUACUUUGAAAGAUUUGAGAGGACCGCUCCCUAGUCGAUCUGAUCUGGAAGCACGGGUUAUAGAAGAAAAGAGAAAGAACCAGAUGCUUCAACAACGCUUAGAUGAGCAGGAGCAACAACAACAAAGGAUGUCUGAGUUGGAGUCACAAGUGAAAGCUAUGCAAAAACUUUUUUUUUAGGCAAUCACCUUCAUUGGCUCCUCAAACUCAAGAACGU